AUGUCUUCCGAGACCUUUCCCAUUGCUUCCAAUCUGUCUGUUUCUUGCUCUAUGGCUGGUAAUACCCAAAUGACUGCCAACCAAUUGCAGUGGUUUGACGAGGGUACUAUUAUUCUGAAAGCAUUUAACUCCGAAAAGGUUCGCCAGGUGAUCCAUUACCGACCAUUUCCCGACGACGGCUAUCCUCGCAGGUGCUUGUUAGAGCGUAACAAGGCCUUUCUUACUGGCGUGCUGGGACUCUGGGGGUAUGAGUCACUUGAUAAUCUUUCUAUCGAACAGAUGGUCGACAAGAUCUUCUUGCAUUCCAUCACCCCUUUCCAACCCGUCCUAUGGCACUGGUCUCCUACACUAGUUUGUUCGCAAGAUGCACAAGCAAUUGCCGAAGCAAUUGAGAGUGAAAGCCAUUAUCACUUCAAAACAAUCCCAUUCGCCGAGAUUGUGCGCGUGUCCCUUGGCUACGAAACAGACGCUGUUAAAUGGUUUUCACACCAACAUACACUACUGUCCAAAACGGUCACUGAGCACCUUCGGCACCAUCCUGAGGAAGUUUCUCUCUAUGAAGGGGUAGAAAAGGUAUAG